AAGAAGCCCAUUUUUUGACUUACUUUUGUCCAACUUUGAGUCUUCCAUUUUUGACACACUUGUCACAAGUCGUGUCAAAUCAUGGAACACCGGUACCACCUCAGUUCGAGCAAGAUUUGUUUCAUCCCCCAACGCUACGUCAUCGCCCUUAUGACCAUGUGCGCCCUGACCACCAUCUACAACUUGCGCAUUUUCGUACCAAAAGCCUACCAACACAUGGUCGUGAAGCCGAAAGGCGCCAAACGGAACAUUAGCAAGUGUCCGGAACCGCCAGCAGCCAACAAAUCCCUGCAGCAAUUCCACGACCCGGUGUUCCCUUGGUCGCCACUGGAGCAGAAAAUCACGGCGCGUUGUUUCUUCGCCGGCUACUUCAUCGGCCACUUCCCUGGCGGGAUCAUCUCCGACCUGUAUGGUGGCAAACACGUGAUGACCUCCGCCAUCGUAGUUUCCUCCUUCACCACCCUAGUCACACCCAUAAUCUACCGCAAAACCAACGGCCAAAUAAUCCUAGUUUCGUGCAUGAGGGUGUUAAUGGGCAUCAGCAUUGGGCUGAUUUUCCCCAGCGCCCACAGCAUCAUCAGCCAGUGGUGCCCAGCACGCGACCGUGGUAAAAUCACCGGGAUUAUCUUCGCAGCGACCCAGUGGUCCAUCACUAUUAACAAUCUCGUGACCAACAACUUGAUCAUUGCUAUGGACAGCUGGGCUUCGAGCUACUACUUCUACGGCUCCAUGGGCAUGGUACUGCUCCUGUUCUGGGUGCUUUUCACCUCGUCCUCGCCCCAAGACUGCCGGUACUUGGACCAUAAAGAAUUCCGCUACUUGAGCACAGAGUUGGCUGGACAUGUCCAGUUCGGGCGUAAACCCAUCCCGUGGGUGCGACUCCUCAAAAGUUUACCGUUGUGGUCGCUGGUCUUGGCCCAGAUCGGACACACGUGGAUCUGGCACGGGAUGGCCCAGGACCUCCCCAAGUACCUCAAGGACGUCCUCAAGAUAAAUAUCCUGAAGAGUGAUCUCAUGGCCUCCCUUCCGUAUGCGUUCAUGAGUCUGACGACCAUUUUCAUGGGUUGGGUCUCCGACUGCUUGAUCAACCGCAACAUCAUUGAAGCCACAACGCUACGGAAAGCUUUCACCACGUUUGGGGCCAUGGGUCCGGGCAUUUUCAUCGUAGCCGCGGGUUACGACGGUUACCUCAGUUGUAACAAAAACACAGCCAUUAUGAUCUUCACCGUGGCUUUGUGUACCAUGAGUUGUUACUACGCCGGUACUAGGGUCAAUUGCUUUGACUUGGCGCCGAAUUACAGUGGGAUUAUCAUGGGACUGGCCAAUGGGCUUGGGGCAUUGCCAGGCAUCGUAGCACCGCUUAUUGCCGAUACUUUCACCAAAAAGGAAAGUAUCUACGGGUGGAUGUACGUUUUCUGGACACAUUUGCUCAUCCUGGCGUUCACAAACAUCCUCUUUGUUUUUUUUGGAUCGGCUGAGGAACAACCAUGGAACUUGGGCCUUGAUAACGAAGACACGUACUCGGCCUAUAGUGAGGAAAGUGUGCAGCGAUAACAAUUUGUAGCGUAAAAAUAAACGUUGUUUAAAAUCUA